CAUUGUUUGGGGGGGAUUCGUCACAACCUAGAGGCCAUGUGUGGUACUGAAUAUUUCCUAAACGUGAAAAUACCGAUCCAUCGACGCUUUGUCAACGAAGCAGUUGCCUGUCAACUCAGUGCUAGAACUGCUUGAAUGUAGGUUGGAACGGACCAUCUGCAUGGGCUAUAUCUCUCAUCAACCCAGCGGCAAGACAAGGAUCCAAGAAUGGUUUUAGUGCAUGUCGGAUAUCUGGUUCUUCCUGUAUUUGGCUCAGUAAGAAAUAGAGGAUCCCACUUUAACCGGCAGCAGCAGCAGCAUAGCCAUGCUACCUCUUGCCGGCACUUCCAGCUAGGCCCCCAGGCCCAGCUGCCCAUUGACUUCCCAAUGCCACACCCAGGUCAGCCCCAGUCAGGCAUCAACCCCCACCUGGCUCCCCCUGGCCAUCAGCAUUCUCCCCAGCUCCACCUGCCCCUCAACCCCCUACCCCCCACACACCAGUUCCAGGACAUUUCUGCCCCUUUCCUACCUCAGGCCUUACACCAGCAGUACCUCCUCCAGCAGCAGAUCCUAGAGACCCAGCACCGGCGCAUCAUGCCACCUUCCAGCAGACACCAGCCCCACAGACUGCGGCCGGGUUACGAGUUUGCUCCCGCCCUCCACAUCCCCCCACAGCCUGCGGCCCAGCAGCCUCGCUACCUGGCUGAAGGCACAGACUGGGAUUUGAGUGUGGACGCGGGGCUCCCUCCUCCUCAGUACCACGUCCGCCCACUGCCCCAGCACUACCAUCACUAUCUGACAUCUCCCAGGAUGCAUCACUUCCCCAGGAACAAUGCCUCCACCCAAGUGGUUGUCCAUGAGAUCAGAAACUACCCGUAUCCUCAGUUACACCUGCUGGCCCUGCAGGGUCUCAACCCCUCCCGCCACGCAUCAGCUGUGAGAGAGAGCUAUGAGGAGCUACUGCAGCUGGAGGACAGGUUGGGCAGUGUGAACCGAGGGGCUGUCCAGACCACUAUUGAAAGGUUUACCUACCCUCACAAAUACAAGAAGAGGAUACCUCAGGACCUGAAGCUUGGGCUGGUGGAUGAGGAACUGGAUACAGAUGAGAAGUGUACCAUCUGUCUAUCAAUGCUGGAGGAUGGAGAGGAUGUCAGGAGAUUACCCUGCAUGCACCUCUUCCACCAGGCGUGUGUGGACCAGUGGCUGGCCACCAGUAGGAAAUGCCCCAUAUGCAGGGUGGACAUUGAGACCCAGCUGGCACCAGACAGCUGAUGCCUCCUUUCCCUGCCUCCAUCUUGUAAAACCCCACCUCAUCCCUAGGGGGAACUUUGCCAAACGUCCCCCUCCCAUCUGCAUCACAUAUGAGCCUGCCUUCUGAGCCAGCUGAGGAAGACAAUGAGCGGGAGGGGAGGUGAGAGGGAUUAACAAAGCACACUGAUCCAAACAAUAGAGAACCAAAAGAGGCCGAUGGAUGGAUGGAUGGAUGGAUGGAUGGAUGGAUGAAGAAGAGAGGCAGAAGGGUGCCAGAAUGUAUGGACAGAUUUACAGGGCCUUGAUGAGUCUCCAUCAGGGUUUUGCACCGUAGCAUUAGCUUCUCCAUACACUCAGAGAUGUGAUCCUCCAUUAAACCACCUAGCGAGUGUGUGUGUUGUGUUGUUGGGUUUGUAUAUGUGUACUGGUCUCACUCCCUCUUGAUGAAACCCAAAAUGCUGAGCUCUAGCUACAGCACAUCUGUGCGAAACAUGACAAGAUAUGAAAUCAGCAGUGGGCUGUUUCUUGAAAUGAGCUUCUGUGGCCUAAUACAUAUGGUGUAAUGGAGUGUAGUAGUCUUGUUAUUGAUCACCAGUAUUUAACAGGGUGACAGUGUGGUGUAGCAAGCAAAAAUCCCACUUUAAGAAAUAAGGUGGGAAAAAAUACAAAAUGGGGAAAUAGUCUUCUUUAAAAGAGGGUAAUAGGCAUACAAGCAGCCUUUAGGCAAUGAGGAAGUGCUAGCUAUGUACAAAGGCCAAUCAAUAGGUGGAUUUCCAGUACAGUAGAUCUCUGCUAUCACAGUGGAUGCUAGAGAUGCUAACCAGGCAUGGCUUCAGUGGUUUGUAUUGUGCUGUAUUGGGGCCUCUAUACUCUAGAACUGAGGCCACAGAUAUGCAUGCUGUAUGGCAGGCUUGGGCUGUCUUGUGAUUGUGGAGCAGUAGGAAGUCUGCGCAGGAUGACGUUUAUUGUCAUGAGUCUUGUCCUGGAGGCAGAACUCCGCUAGACGGAACAGCUGCAAAGUCAGAAUUGGCUACAUUGUAGAAAUUCAUAAAAACAAUUUUAGGUUAGGAUUAGCAGUGUGGUUAGGUUUAAAAUCAGAUUCUAUGACUUUGUGGCUGUGCCAGCUAGUGACCACUCUGCAGAGCGGCCUCCAGAACAACAUUCAUACCGGGAGAAAAACGGAAAAGUCUGCAGUAUCUCUGCAUGUGAACCAUACACUGUAUGACUCUCUCCCUCAUCCAUGGAGCAGGAUGAAGUUUCCCUUAGAUGCUGAUCUUAGGUCAGUGUUGCAUCUCCCCUCCUAAUAAUUAAGAUUAGAGUUGGUGGAGAGGAACGCUGAUUAUAGAACUGUGCCUAUGGGCAACUUCUACUCACAGCCUUAUCCAUAGCACGAUUUUUAAGGCUGGCAUUGGCUGGAGGAUGCAGUGUCUGUGUAUUGUCUUUAGAGUGAAUACAAUGUAGUUAUUUUCUAAUAUACACUACCACUUAGAAAUGUCCUUGUUUUUGAAAGAAAAGCAAAAAAAAAAUGUCCAUUAAAAUAGCAUAAAAUUGAUCAGAAAUACAGUGUAGACAUAGUUAAUGUUGUAAAUGACUAUUGUAGCUGGAAACUGGAUAUUUUUUAAAAUGGGAUAUCUACAGAGGCCCAUUAUCAGCAACCAUCACUCCCCUGUUCCAAUGGCACAUUGUGUUAGCUAAUCCAAGUUUGUAAUCGAACCCACAAAUGCUGAUGCUCCAUAUACUCAACUAGUCUAAAGAAGGCCAGUUUUAUUGCUUCUUUAAUCAGAACAACAGUUUCCCCCUGUGCUAACAUAAUUGCAAAAGUUUUUUCUAAUGAUCAAUUAGCCUUUUAAAAUGAUAAACUUGGAUUAGCUAACACAACAUGCCAUUGGAACACAGGAGUGAUGGUUGUUGAUAAUGGGCCCCUGUACGACUGUACAUAGAUAUUCCAUAAAAAAAUCUGCCAUUUCCAGCUACAAUAGUAAUUUACAACAUUAACAAUGUCUACACUGUAUUUCUGAUCAAUUUUAUGAUAUUUUAAUAGACCAUUUUUUAAAAAUCUUUCAAUAACAAGGACAUUUUUAAGUGACCCCAAACUUUUGAAUGAUAGUGUAUACCAGGACCUUAUUGCCUACAGAACAAACCCAUGUGAUUUGUACAGUACAUAGGAAACAACCUCCAUUGUGUUUCGGUUCCCUUCCUUUCAAUCUCAGUUGUUCCCGUUUUUCGAUACAAGAAUACAGCUGGUGUCCCAGGGAGAGAUCCAACUCAUAAGCCUUUGUUCUGUGUUGUGGAAUGUGUAAGAUGGUCCCCCAUGAUGGUAGUCGUAUGGUAUUGUUAGAGCAACUGUAAACUGUUCAGUGAUGGAAGCUGUUUUCCCUAUAUCGUGCAUGAAUCAUGUUGGUGUAGUUCACUUGAAAGAGGGUUAAAGGGAGAAAAAGCCAUUUAUUUAAAAAUACCAAACAAUUAUUCUUAGUAUUUAUAUUUAUUUGAUUUGUUAUUAGUCCUUUCUUCAUUUCAGUUUUCUUUCUAUCAAUUUGUUGAGCACUCAUACUAAUUUGGACAUUGGACCAAGUCCUUGUCCAUGUCUUACCAUUUUGAAGAAAUGGCUGCAAUACUGCAGAAAACAUUUAUUGUUGCAAUAAUCUAGCUUGUUUUGUUAAUGCACUAUGGCGUUGUCUGAAAUAGAUUUGGUGGUGUGGGGUCUCCUUGUUCUAGCUUAGCUUGUGUUCGGUUACAUGUAUCUUCAUGCUUCCUUGUGUUCUCUUGGUGGUUGACUUGACUGUGUGUUGUGUUUUUUAUUUCCCUUUGUCCAAACCCUUCCAUCCAAAAAACUACAGACAGACAAGGAGGGUUGCUACUUCACAUAGGAGGCUCUGAGUUGAAAUGCCUUAAGUAUUUCACAAUAAUUUGGAGUGGAAAUAACACAAGAUGUUGGGGGGGAUACCUCAUUAUGCAUAGGUUGGUGGGGAUGCUUUUCAUGCAAGUUGUGUUUUUCAGAAGACGAAUUGUCAUUUGGAAGGGUGACAAGGUGUAAUGGGCUCUGUCUAUAGCCAACGUGGUGGUGCUGUUGAUCUUCAUUCCAUUCCAUUCCAUUUAGAAGAUUCCCACACUCUGCUUUAAUCUAGUGAACAGACUGACCAGGUGCAAGUGUUUCAGCAUGUAAACCUCGGUCAUUGCACUCCUAGCAUGGCUAAACUCCUCACUGGCAUAGAGGAAAUAUGAUACUUUUAUUUUUCAUAUUUAUCCUGGAUCAUUACCAGUUUCACAGUUUGUUUGACCUCGGUUGUAUAUGUCACCAUAUUAUAUCUGGAUAUUGGGUGUCUCCAUUCAGAGCAUACGUCCAUAGCAUCCUCUGUCCAGCUAUGUUAACUCUUCCCAUAUGAAUUAAUAACUGCAUUAUUAGGUACUUUGUAUUGCUGGCAAAUGCUGUGUUUGUGUGGUUAGGUUAGGAAGGUGGCUAACAUGAUAAACUUGAGCUAUUGAUCUUAUGUUUUUCUGGUGUGAUACUCUAGGUAGUAGUUUUACACCUGGGUAUAAUAAGCCAACCACCUGUUUUCUGUGUGCAUUUUCUUAAUAAUAACAAUGUAUUCAUCUUACAUAUAUCUCAUUGGAAUGAAGCUGACUGGUCUUAUUUUAAUUUUUCCUGCUGUCACUGUCUUUACCCCAUGUCUACUUCCUGGUCAGGUCACAUGGUCUGGAAAAAACUCCUGGCCUUAUGGUUGUCUCUAGUUACCACAGCCACAAAGUAAAAAUUGGCUUUAUAAUAAAAAUGUAUGAAAACUAUUUUUGGUAUUCAUUUAAGGUUUGGCAUAAGGUUAGUAGUGUGGACUGGGUAAAGUUUAGAAUCACAUUUUAAAAGAUCAAUUGUAGAAACAGGAAAAAGUCUCUGCACAGUUCCAGUCAGAUGCAAAUGUAUUUUAAUUUUAGCUGAGCUUUCGGUCAGUCGACCAUCACCAGGAGAUGAGAAAUUGUAGAAGUAGACAGAGUUUUUAUGACUUUGGAUGUGGUAAAUAGUGACAACCUGGCCUUACCUUUGUCCUCUGCAGACUGUAUACUGGGUUGUUACUGCAGAGGAAAAGUGUAUAGUAUAAUAACUCAAGCUGGUGAAGGGGAAUGAAAAGUAGAAUCCUAAAGCACAAGCUUUCUAAUGCAUGUCCUCCUCAGGUUUUCAUAUGUGUACAUGGGCGUAGCUGUAGACGUGUUUAAUAUGAGGCUGUACCUUCUUGAAUAUUACAGAUAUGUUUCUUUGCUGCUGAUAAACUGUUGUUUAAACUAACCUGCCAGUGAUUAAAGGGAAGUGGCCAUCUUUGUACAACACACUGUUGUUUUGCUGUAACUGCGCAAUGUGUUAUGAGCUGGAGUAUUUUAUAGACACUAGAAGUAUUUACCAAUAAUAUGAAAAGCAAUAGCUACAUUAUAAUGAAGAAUAACAUGGAUCGGUGAAUGUUGUGGAAAAUCUUUAGGUUCACUUUUGAUGGAUUUUGUACUGUAUUUAUUACUAAUGAGGAUGCAAAAACUUGCAUAGCUUAACCCAAACUGUUCUGUCUCCUGUUUUAUUUAUUGUCUGAUUGUAUAUGAUCUUUUUCUAUGUGUUUUUCAAAUAAACUCCCUAAAAUGCUGAAAA